AUGGGUCUCUCAUGGCCAUCCCUGGGACGUUGGACGUCCCGCCGAACCCAGGCGCCCGAACACUCGCUCGAACCGCUCCGGCUCACGCCUGUCGGCCGCGCCACGAAAACGACGCUGUGCUACUCCCCCAGCGACGGUCACCAGUCGUCUCUCUCGUCCCAUUCCACGCCCUACGACGAGGCGUUCCCGUCGUCAUCGUCUACCCCGUCCACGGAUGAGCACCACCGCCAUCAUCUUCAUCAUCGUCAAGAACAACAAGAGUGCCCGACCAGCUCGUUCAAAGUCCAGACCCACGGUGUCGAGGAGACCGAAGCAAUACUCCGAGGUGAGUCCUCCCGCGCCCUCGUCGCGCUGCGCCAGCGGCAGGAGGAGGCUGAACGUCGUCUGAGAAGCGAGGGGAGCGAAGCGAAUUCGAACUUCUGGGAGAGGGCCGUUUCCGUUGCUCGGAGGCGGGGGGAAGAGAAGACGGCUGCGCUGGAGCAGCAGCAGCAGCAGCAGCAGUGGUGGCGGCGGCAGAAGGAGCGGCGCCACGGUGACGAAGACGGUCGAUAUCACCACGACCGCCGCGGACGGUACACCGACGUGGAACCGGGAGAGGGGUGUGGCGGGGCGAAAGAGGUAAAUCCUUUGGGGCACUGGGAGGAAUUGCGGGCGCUUGACGGGAACGCGGGCGGUGCUGAUGCAGAGCGUAGGUCGAGUAUGUGGCGGGAGAGCCUGGCGAGAACGGAAAAAGUGCCUCGCCUGCCGAGCCUGCUCUUCCCUGAAUUUGGGAAGAUGGUUGCCGAAGUCGGGAUCCCCUCGACGCACGGGGGGAGUGAUGCUUCCCCUGUUCACGGACACCACGGGGAUGGCACAGGGACGGCCACCUCCUUGGACGAGAGUCCGAAGUCGAUGAAUAGGCUCCUGGAGUGCCCAUACGACUCUGCUGAAGUGAUAGUUGGAGGUGGCCAAGUGAGUGCCGAGCAAUCGAUGCGGGACGAUGGGUUGGACAUGCACCGUCCCGCGACGGAGGAUUUCGAAGGCUGGCAGAUGAACGAGGAGAACAAGUCUCCCCACGGACCGACGGGCUAUGACAUCCUUCGUCCUGCCACUGGGCUAGGUUGGUACGAUGGCGACGAGUGGUCGCUUCGUUCCACCAUCGACCACUUCUCUGCAGAACCAGACGGACACUGGACAGACGAAAGGUCAAUACGGACGAUCACGGUCAAAACCCAGCACUUCCCUGUUCGAAAGGACUCCUUGCAUUAUAGUUCGCCCAUUGACCACGAGUUCUCUUCUACAGUCUCCUCAACGGAAAUAGAAGACAACACACUCACGGAAGAAGACGUCUCGGCCGGGCCGAGCCCCUCGAUGAGCACCAUCAUCAACAACUCGAGCGCCUUCCUCCAGUCCAGCACGGAAGACGACGACGACGACGACGACUGGCUGGGACCGAGACGUAAGAUACAAAGCCCCGUCUCAUACAACCACGUAGAAUACCGCUCCUCCGCCAACGAUGGGCCCUCCUCCAGCUCGCUUUCUCACAGUCCCAACUUCGCCUCCCCGGCGUCGUCGGGUUUCUCCCCUCUCUCCUGCGAGGAGGAACAAGACAUCGACGACCUCCUCGACAUCUACGCCGCCACCGCCUCCUCAGACCCAAUCCCCUCCGUCCCUUCGACCCACGAAAACGACGUCCUCCUCCUCCUCCUCCCCCCUUGGCUCCCCUACCACCCAUCCGCCGCCGCGCCUCUCGCCACCAUCGCCCGCGGCCUCUCCCUCCCUCCCACGACCCCCUUCGACGUCCUCCAGGACCACCUCGCCCGCAACGCAAACAUCCUCCGCUACCUCGUCCUCCACUGCAUCCCCUCCCCCUCCACCAACCCCGUCGAACAGGCCAACGACCUCGUCGAGCCGAUCCUCCCGCCCCCGCUGGCAGCGCACCCGUCCUUCGCCGAGAACUACCCCCAGCACCCGCGCCGCCGCGAAUACACCCGCCUCCUGCAGGCCGUCCGCUCCGUACGCUGGUCCGCCGGCGCCAUCGUCGACAUGCUCGCCGUCGUCGACUUCCCACAGACGGCCCCGCUGCCGUCGUUUUCGUCCCCGGGCCGCAGCCUUCGCCCCUCGACGGCGCUGCCCAUGUUCCGCAAGCUGCGCACCGCCGACGCCCAGAGGAAGGGCUGCCUCACCUCCGCCCAGCUGCACAGCCUGCACCGCCACGGCGUGUCGCUGCUCGACGUGCUGCAGAUGAACGACGUGCCCAAGGUGGUCACGCGCGGGCUGGGCGGCCGGCUCAUCGAGGCGGCCGAGAGCAGCGCACUGUGCAUCGCGAGGGAUUGUAACCUGCUCGACGAGGAGGGCGCGCUUCUGGAUCUGCUGGCGGACCCGGACGAGCCGCCCCUGAAGAGCCCGGGAUGCGAGAGGAGGGUAGCGGUCGGGAAGGGGAGCGGGUUGAGGAACUGUGUGGACGUGAACGGGGAUGAUGAGGACGACGAGAUGGAUGGUAACGAGAUCAGAGGGCACGAUAGGGAAUCGGUUGCCCGUGAUAGCGAGGCCGCCGAGCACGCCAUUGACGACGACGCGCCGUACAUCGUAAGCCCCCUAUCCCCCGAGGCGACCACCAAUGAUCACGGCUGGGACCACCAGCAAGGCGACGUGUCGCCGCUGGCGGCGUCCCAUCGCACGCAGGACCUCGAGGCUCUGCUCCAUCAUGUCCGUCCUCUGUCUUCGACACGAGACGGUCAAGCCGGCGAGGAUGAGAAGGCCGCUCCAACGAGCCCCUGGAUACAACAUUCCUACGAGCUCGGAGCAGCGGCGGCGGCGUCGGCGGUCGUCGACGGGGACGCGCUCGAGGACCCGGCGGUGCGGGUGUUCAUGCAGGACAUGGGGUUCGGCGUCGACGACUUCCGGCUCGCGCUGGGGGACAGGACGAGCUGGGGCGUAGACCUCGGGGGCAUGUUGAGCGAAUAG